GGUCUCGAGCUCAGCAGCACAGCAGCCAGCAUCAGCAAGGAUUAAACCGUGUCGCGUUCCGAAUUAAAAACGAAAUAACAAAAAUGAAAGUGUUUGCCAUCGCUUGUGUUACCCUCUUGGCGGCUGCCAGCUGCGCCUGGGCCGCUCCCAGUGUCCAAGACAACAAAAUCGAAAGUGAUAACACGCUCGGCCGGGCCGCCCGCUAUCUGGGCGCCUGUUUGGAGAGCGAUGACAUGGCCACCUGCCUGGCUGUCAAGGGCAUCACAGCCCUGAAUCGUGCCGCCAGGAGCAACAACAUUGAGCUGGCCAGCGGCGUCACCUUCCAGAGAGAUCCCGCCAGUCCCGUGCAGCGCAACGGCAAGUCCCUCAGCGAACAGGAUAUCUAUGCCGAGCUGCCCCAGAGCGCCGAGGAUCGCAAUGGACGCCUGGUCGAUCUGGCCAUUUCCAGCGCCACCGAAUUCCUGUCCACCCACAACUUGGAGUUCAAGCUGCCCUCGGAGACCACCCAGCAGGUGGCCCGCGCUCUGGAUGAAGGUCGCGGUAAGAUCAAGAAGAUGAUUGGACCCCUGGCCCUGGCUAUUGGCGCCAAGCUGUUCGCCGUCAUUCCUCUGGUGCUCGGAUUCCUCGCUCUGCUGACCUUCAAGGCCGUGAUUGUGGCCAAGAUUGCUCUCUUCCUGGCCGUCCUGGUUGGCGGCUCUCGUCUGCUGGGCGGAUUGGGCGGCAAGUUCGGUGGCAACUCCAUCGGCGGUGGCUACAGCUCGAACGCCUGGUCUGCCCCUGCCAGUGCUGGCUGGAGCUCGGGUGCCUCUUCUGCCUAUCCCUAUGCCCGCAGCAUCAACGAGGAGCAGGUCGAUGCCCAGCAGUUGGCCUACGCCGGCCAGCAGCAGUAAGCCGGAGUCGGGAGAGUCAGAAGCCGUGGAUGCCAUUGGUUCCACAAAUGUGCCUUUGUUUUGAAGCCAAUCCCCUAGCGUGUAGUAAUUUAUUCGAAGAGUAAUUAACUAAUUAAUUGUACCACAAGAGACAGUCGAACAAUCAGCUAUGCAGCAACAAAAUAGUCAUUAUGAAUGUUUGAAUAAAACUAAAAG